AUGUCCAUACAGCCACCACUGGAUUUCGACGCGAUCGGCGUCGGCGCUGGUUUUGCCGGACUUGCUCUGGCCCACCAUUUACGUGAAGCAGGAUUGUCGAUUCGCAUCUUCGACCGCGCAUCCGAUAUCGGCGGCACAUGGACGUGGAACCGUUACCCGGGCGCUGCGACAGACAGCGAGGGUUAUUACUACUGCCUGACCUUCUCGAAGGAAGUGUUGCAGGAAUGGUCCUGGUCCCAGCGCUACCCGGGAUGGGAAGAAACCCAUCGCUACCUGCACUUCGUCGCUGACAAAACAAACCUGUGGCCACAUAUACAGCUGAACACCGAAAUUGUUGCUGCGCAAUAUCAGGAAGACGCUGGAUACUGGCGCGUUGUUACCUCUGCGGGUGAGCAAUACACCUGUAAAUACUUCAUCAGUGCCAUGGGCAUGAUUUCGCACCCCUAUAUGCCGGAUAUCAAAGGCAUUGAUACAUUCAAAGGUCCUAUAUUCCACUCUUCACGCUGGCCGCAGGACGGCCUCGACUAUGCUGGAAAGCGUGUGGGUAUUAUCGGCUGCGGUGCAACCACGGUUCAGAUGCUGCCGGUCAUGGCCCAAACGGCAGCGGAUGUUACGGUCUUUCAGCGCACGCCGAACUUUGUCAUGCCUGCCGUGCAGGAGACAACAACGCCUGAGCGAGACAAAGAGAUUAAGGACAACUACGAGGACAUCAUUGCCAAGUGCCGGAAUCAUGUAUUCGGCAUGGCCUUCGACAGCCCUGUUGGACGCAAUCUUGCUGAUACGCCCCCAGAGGAAGUACAGCGCAUCUUCGAAGAGCACUGGCCAAGAGGCAGCUUUCGCUUUGUUUUCGAAACGUUUGAUGACUUGUUAUCCAGUGCAGAAUCUAACAAAGCAGCAGCCGACUUCAUCGCCAGCAAGAUAAAAGAAAAAGUCAACGACCCGGUUGUAGCUGAGUUACUGACCCCAAAAGGUUAUCCCCUGUUUGCCAAACGCCCACCGCUGGACCACGGAUUCUACGAAGCUUUCAACCGCGAUAACGUCCACCUGGUCGACAUCAAAGACACUGAACCCCUGGUUGCAAUCACGGAAACCGGCGUGCAAACAACCAACAAUUUAUAUGAGUUUGACAUCAUCGUGCUGGCCACCGGUUUUCAAGCCUAUACCGGCGCACCUGAAGCAGUAGACAUCCGGGGUUUGGACGGCGUCCUGCUGAGAGACAAAUGGCAGGACGAAUCCGCGUCGAUCAUGGGUGUCUGUGUGGCUGACUUUCCAAACCUGUUCCUUAUCACUGGUCCUCAAGCCCCGUUUGCCAACCUUCCCACAUCUAUAGAACAGAACAUCCUGUGGAUUACCGAUUGUAUUAAGAAAAUGCAACGCGAGGAUUACGAUGUCUUUGCACCACGACUGCAGGCGCAGGAAGAAUGGUCGCAACACACUGCCGAAAUCCACGCGCAGACGCUGAUGGCGCAAGGUGACAAAGUGAACUCCUGGAUGAUGGGCGCCAAUAUUGAAAACAGGAAACCCAGGGUGCUUAUCUACUUCGGCGGUGCAAAUGUGUACUACGACAAGCUACGCGAAUCUGUGGAAGCAGGAUUUCCUGAACUUGAGUUUGAGCGAUUGGAAGCCUGA